UUAAAGGCAGAUUAUUGGAUAAAUUAGAAAGAAUAAGAAAAAGCAAUAUUGUUUAGAAUGUUUACUUAAAUUUGAAAUAAUUACGAUUAUUUCGAUCAAUUUGAAAGGAUUGAAAAAAUAUUGAAAUAUUAGAAAUUCUUCUAAUACGUAUUGUGUGUAUACGUUCGCAUACAAAUAUAUAUAUUAUACGAUAAGUAUUUAUUGCGAUUUAUAAUUAUUAUUAUCAUCACUAUGGUAACAAGAAGGAAAAUAAAUCACAUUUACUUGACUUUACAUUUAUUAUCACAAAACUUGUACAUUUUCUUUAUAUUUAUUAUAUUUCAUAUCAAACAUCGUAUGCUUAGAAUAAUAUGAAUUAUUAUUAUAUUAUAAAUUGAGUAUUAUUAUUGGGACAUAUUGACACAUGUACAAUGAGAUUUAAAAUAUCUGUGCAAAGUAGUAGUGGUCACAAAAAUUUAGUAACAUGUGUAGCUUGGAGUUCAGCAGAGGAAAUAUUUUCUUGCGGAGAGGAUCAUUUAUUAAUAUGUUGGUAUUUAGAAAGUGGAAAUGCACAUUCAACAGUUAUUACAGAGUUUCCAUCAGACUUUUUUCCUACUUCAAUGCAAUGGCAUCCACGUCCUAAUCAUUUGGUAACAGCCAGUAAAAAGCAAUCAUUAGAUGUACUUUUAAUUACUACAGCUGAUGGAAGAUUUCAUUUAGUUAGUAAAAAUGGUCGUAUUGAAAAAAGUAUUGAAGCUCAUAAGGGAGCUGCAACUAUUGGCAAAUGGAGUACGGAUGGUUCCGUAUUACUUACAGCCGGAGAGGAUGGCUUAAUAAAAGUUUGGUCACGCAGUGGUAUGCUUCGUUCUGUAAUAAUCAGAGGUAAUUCAUCUAUUUUAACAUCGGACUGGAGUCCGGAUUGUUCUAAAAUAUUGUAUUCGCAAGGAGGACAUUUAUUUUUCCAAUCACUCAAUUCAAAUUCAAAACCCUAUAAGUGGUAUGCUCAUGAAGGUCUUGUCUUGACUGUUUGUUGGAAUCAUAGUCAUGGAUUCAUUAUUUCUGGUGGAGAAGAUUGUCGAUAUAAAGUUUGGGAUUCUAAUGGUAAUCAAAUUUAUAGUAGUAGUCCCAGUGAUUAUCCCAUUACAGCAGUUAAUUGGUGCAGUUCAGGCGAUUAUUUUGCUAUUGGAUCUUAUAAUAUGAUUAAACUUUGUGAUAAAACAGGAUGGUCUCAUUCCUUAGAAAGAAUAAAUGCUGGGAGUGUAUACAGUAUAGCAUGGUCUAGCGAUGGCACUCAGGUGGCUAUGACUUGUGGAAGCAAUAUUUUAACUGGCCAUAUUAUAGGCAAAAGACUCGAAUGGAAUAAUUAUGAAGCUACUUUAAUUAAAAAGGAAGUAUUAGAAAUUCGAGAAGUCGGUAAUGAAAUUCACGAAAUGAUAGAAAUAUCAGAUCGUGUAGUUCAAUUGGCAUUUGGUUUUGAUCAUUUAAUUGUAAUCACACCGGUUCAAUGUCACAUUUACUCUGUCACAAAUUGGAAUACUCCUGCAAUAUUUGAUUUGAAAAGUAGUUCUGUGUCGGCAGUUGUUCUUGCAAACAAACACUUUUUAUUAAUGGAAUGGAAUUCUAUAACGUUGUACAAUUAUCAAGGACGCUUAUUAGGUGUACCUAAAUGGAAGGGUAUGACGCAGGAACCUCUUUAUCCACCCUGCAUAUCCCUGUGUGUCGAUACUCUUGUUAUCAGAGAUCAGAAGAAUGAGAAAUUACUACACGUUUUAGAAAUAUCAUAUAACAAGCCAAUUGUUGAAAGUCAGUCGCAUACUCAUCCUCAGAAUAUUACUCAAUUGGCAUUAAAUCAUAUUGGAAGUUCUAGCGAUCGACAAUUAGCCCUCAUUGAUAUAACUAAAGAUUUAUAUUUAAUUUCUAUAAGAGCAACUGGUUACAGACGAGCUUGUAAAAUAGCUGGUAUGGCACAAAAUAUGACGUGGGCUAUUGACGCAAAUGUAUUAGCAGCUAUGUUGGAUGCCACUUUAUCCGUAUGGUUAUGUCCUAAUUGUGUACAUUAUAGCGAUCGUAAGAUUAUACGACGAACUAGAAUCGAUAAAGAGAGCAGUGAAUUUGGAAAACAACCAACUAUUAUCAGCGCUUACAAUGGUAUGGUCAAUAUAAGACGCGGAGAUGGUGCUUUAGUUUCAUCCCAGUUUUACACUUUUUUUACAAGCUUGCAUCAGCUCAUAUUACAUAAAAAAUGGAAAGAAUCUCUUUCGCUUUGUCGGAUUGCUCAAAAUGAGAUAUUGUGGACAUGCAUGGCUAUUAUGGCAACAGAUAAUAAAGAGUUGAACGUUGCAGAAGAAGCAUAUGCAGCCAUUAGAAGAUACGAUAAAGUUCAUUAUGUUCGAUAUAUUAAAAAUUUGCCCAAAAUGACAGAAAGAUAUGCAGAAAUGACAUUAUUAUCUGGUGAUUUGUUAGCAGCGGAAGGUAUACUUUUACAAAAUGGAUUAAUUGAAGAAGCCAUUACAUUAAACAUCAAAGUUUAUAAUUGGAACAGGGCACUUGAACUUGCCAUAAGGCAUAAGAAACAAAUAGAAGAAGUUUUAAAUGCAAGAAAAGAUUAUUUGAAAACAUUAAAGAAAGAAGAAACAAAUUCAAGCUACAUUGCUGCGAUAAAUAAUAUAUCUACAUCUUUGGUACAACAGGCACCUACAUCAAUAGAAUGAAGUUAUUCAUGGAAUUUAUUAAUAUGCAAUAAGAU